AUGUCGCUGCAUGCUCUGAAGGAUGCUUCCUGGAAUGACCAAUUCAAGGACGUCAACCAGCGCAACAUCAAGGUUCAGAUCUUCAUUUCCGUAGGCCUGGGCUUGAGCGCAUUUCUCUCCUUCUGUGUGCUCCGUCCGAAAUGGACCAGUCUGUAUCAUGCCCGCAAAAAGCAGUCCGAUGCUGCCUCUCGUCUACCGGACUUGCCGAAGACGCUGUUUGGAUGGAUUCCUGUCCUGUACAAGAUCUCUCAAGAAGAGGUUCUCGCUUCGGCUGGUCUUGAUGCCUACGCCUUUCUGUCUUUCUUCCGCUAUGCUAUCAAAUACCUGUCUGUCACGCUCUUUUUCUCCCUCAGUGUCAUCCUCCCAGUCAAUUACCAAUUCACGGGUCAACCACUCUUCCCCAAUCCGAUUAAUGGGACCGAACCGGACAAUGGGAUCGAUUCGGUGUUUGAAAUAGACCCUAAGAAACCCAAGAAGGGUGUCAUUGAAAAGGACAAUAGUUAUCUCUGGAUGUAUACUGUAUUCGUCUACUUUUUCAGCUCUGUCGCCAUAUACCUUUUGAUCCAAGAGACGAAGAAUAUCAUUCGCAUCCGGCAAGCAUACCUAGGCACACAAGCUACGAUCACCGACAGAACGCUCCGCUUGUCAGGCAUCCCAUCGGAGAUGCGUUCAGAAGACGCUAUCAAGUAUUUCGUUGAGGAUUUAGGCAUUGGCAAAGUGGACAGUGUCAUGCUGUGUCGCAACUGGCAGACUUUGGAUGACCUUAUGUCUCGGAGAAUGAGAUGUUUGCGUAAACUCGAGGAGUCAUGGACAGUAUAUCUUGGACAUCACCACUCUUUACGGCAUUCGCGGGUUCGACAUCAACAGCGUGAUCGUUCAGGUGAUGCCGAAGAAUAUGGUGCUCUGCUGUCUAGGUCCGAAAUGGAGCAUGCCCAUGUCAUGCCCGCUGAUCGACCACGUCCGACUGUCAGUCUGAGAUAUGGGCCACUGAACAUGUAUAGGAAGAAGAUCGACUCAAUCGACCAUUAUGAGGAGAAGCUACGCAUGCUAGAUGAAAGGAUACAUGCGUUGAGGACGGCAGAUUUCAAGCCAACGCCGCUUGCUUUUGUCACUAUGGAAUCAACCGCGGCUUGCCAGAUGGCUAUUCAGGCAAUUCUGGACCCAAAACCUGGACAGCUUCUUGCAAGCCCGGCUCCGCCCCCAGCAGACGUCGUCUGGAAGAACACAUAUCUCUCCCGCAAUCACCGCAUGAUUCGGUCCUGGGCUAUCAUGAUCUUCAUUGGACUACUCACAAUUUUCUGGGCCGCUGCUGUUGCGCCCUUAGCUGGUUUGCUCAGUAUUGAAGUCAUUGAUAAAGUACUGCCUGGACUUGCAGCGGCUUUGGAAGAGCACGAGAUUAUACGAUCACUGGUCCAAACUGGUCUGCCGACGUUGCUUUUCUCUCUCCUUGCCUUGGCCGUGCCAUAUCUGUACGAUUGGCUAUCCAAUCAGCAAGGCAUGACCUCACAAGGGGAUGUUGAGUUAUCAGUCAUCUCCAAGAACUUCUUCUUCACCUUCUUCAACCUGUUCAUUGUCUUCACAAUCUGGGGUUCGGCCACCAACUUUUACGAGUUUUGGCAGGGUCUGCGAGACAUUUUGCGCGACACGGCGGGAAUAGCAUACGCCGUUGCCAAAGCCCUUGAACAAUUGUCACCAUUCUAUGUCAACCUGAUCAUCCUUCAAGGCCUAGGACUUUUUCCUUUCAGGCUCCUAGAAGUCGGCUCGGUCGCCUUGUAUCCAUUCUAUCUUAUCGGCGCAAAGACCCCCCGCGACUACGCCGAACUAGCCAGACCGCCCAUCUUCAGUUAUGGUUUCUACUUGCCACAAACGAUGUUGAUAUUCAUCAUUUGCAUUGUCUAUAGCGUUUUACCUUCUUCCUGGUUGAUAACCUUGUUCGGGCUGGUUUAUUUUUGCAUCGGUGGCUUCAUUCACAAGUACCAGCUGCUGUACGCAAUGGAACAUCGGCAACAUUCGACCGGCCAGGCGUGGCCAAUGAUAUGCAAUCGCAUCAUUACCGGCCUGGUACUCUUUCAACUUGCAAUGACUGCAACUUUGGCGCUCCGAGGCGCACUGACUGCCUCGUUGGUUUUAGCACCUAUACUAGUCAUCACUAUCUGGUUUACGGUGUAUUUCCAGCGCACCUAUGUCCCAUUGAUGAAGUUCAUUGCACUCCGAAGCAUUGACCGACAAAGUUUCCUUGAUCUUCCAACGCCUUCAGAAACUCCAUGGGAUAGAGACACCGACUAUGGCCGGACUGUCGACACAGAUCCUAAUACUGGCCUCCGUUAUAUUAAUCCACACUUGGUCCAACCCCUGGAGACUCUGUGGAUCCGCAAGCCUGGCCAUGGUCGUCCCCAAUCGGAUCAAGUCUGA